GCCAACUGUGUGGCGGCCACAUCUUUUGCGCGAGUACUGUUUGUGUUUCAUAACGACUUCCUUACAUAACAGUACCGGGUACUUGUUGAUAGUCGAUCUCGCGCAGAUAUAUAUUCACAUAGUUCAUCCUGGAUUUUUUUGUAGGUCUAGUUCAUUAUUGACUGAUGUAAUCAUGUUACUCUUUUCAUGCUUAACAAUUGUUAACGGCUUUAAAGCCGUUAAUUUUUUUUAUUCGGUACGAAAGUGAUACGUCCCAUCUAGAAAUCUUUUUCGUCACAUAAGCAGUAAUUUUUAUGUGCUUCUGCUUAAAAAAUAUGACUCGUGUGGUACUGUCAUACUAUCGUAGUAUGUUAUUUAUAUCCUUUUGAUUCUUUUUGUUUUCUGUCUUCAACUUUUUCAUUACAAGAUGCCUCUGUUUACUCCUUGAAGUGUAAGUUCACCUAGCGCUUUAUGUACUGUUGAUCAGGGCAUUUUUAAUAAAGGUGGUUUAGCUGUCAGGUUGAAAUUUUGCAUUCAUGUACAAGGAUCGUUUUCAUCUUGCUAACUUCUGCCACGUAUUUGUAGUUAGGUCACAAUAUUUUCAUGAAAUAACAAGAAUACACCCACGUGGUCCUUGCGUUUCGAGGCACCACACAAACUCAACCCAACUCAUAGUAAAGUAAUUCAUUAUUCUUUCGAAUUUGUUAUUUUGACAUUCAGAACCUAGAUUGCUUUUAAACUUCCCAGUCUCCAGGUUGGUUUUGAUCGCCGGGAGUUGUGAACAACCUGAUCAUGCUGCAAAAUCUGCAUGUUUGACGUUUAGCUCCUGAGGAAAGUACAGAUCACACAUUUGGAUUUUCGCAUCCAAACCAUACUAUGUAACUAAAGAAAUUGAGUAUUUAGUACAUUCUGUGCUUAAUGUACACUACUUAUGCCUUUGCGUCAGCUUAGGGUGAAUAUUUUGUCACCGUUUAUAUUUCACAUGAUUUUGUGAUCCCUUUACUACUCGAUAUAGAUGAGUUCAUUUCUACAAUACUCAACUUGUCCCUACUAAUUACCUUAUCUCAAAAAAGCUCUUUCACAGACUAUCCUCUUUUUAAUUAUUCGAAAAGAUUUGGUUCAUGUUAAUAAUUUCAAACUCUUUGAUUAUGGGUUUUGUGAACUCCUUGCUUGUUUAUAGCACCUUCUGACGUGACCUAUAUCAUGAGGUAUAAAAUAGAAGUUUGUCUUCCAUCAUCCAAAAAGCUACAUGUUUAGAAUGUCUUCUGGGUUAAUUACACUCAGCCCAACUUUAUAUCUUACUGCUUCACUGCAUUGUAGUAUUCGUAACUACUCUAAUCUUAAUCCUAACCUUCCAAAAUAUUCAUAAAUGUAUCGUCAAUUCAACAAUCCACUAUUAGUUUUAAAGUGCGGAAAUUUUUACGGGAUUUUAUUUUAAAUUUCGCAUAUUACUGGCCUCCACUACCAAUAUUUAUUAGAGUUACUUUUCCCUUUUACAGAUUAUACUAGACGAGUGGAUUACCAUCUCUUUCUACUCUCAUUCUAUGUUUCCCUGAAUAGUGUUCUCAGGAAAAGAAAGCAUAAAUCAUUCCAUUAACUAUAGUAAUUUCUCAGUAAACGGGGCAGAAUCUCCAAGAUGGAUUUCAGAGAGCUUAAUGAAUAAUUAUGUUUACUCCUCCAAAGAAUGAAUGAGUCGUCAAAUCGUAACUGCCUAGUCGGUAGAAAUACUGGAUUGAAUCCUAACGUCAUGCGUGACAGUUUGCGUGUACUUAACUCUUCGUGUACUGUAACCACAACUACUCAUGCUCUUGAAAAUCGAUCAAAUUAUCCACCGAAUACUUCGAAUCACGGGUUUUUAUGCUCCGAAAAUGGUUUCAAUAAGUCUAUCUCCACUUUUCCCAAUUGUUCGGUUGAUUCUUGCUUUCCUAGUCUCACUGUCUCAAUGGAACAGAAUUUGGUUACGGAUUAUUCUCAGUGUCAUUCAUGUGGUAGCUCCCCACCGCCUCCAGCAUUAUCUCCCGUUAGUUCCUCUCCUACUCAUGGGAGCAACAACCAAAAUAACCAACCUUCCUCCCCUUCUCCUCCAAUCAUAGUCGCUGAAAUUCGAGGUCCUUCAUCCAUUUCAUCUCAAUCAGCUUCCGAGAAAAGCUCUCAUCCCAGGGGUGCAUUUAAAAUGAAUCAACAUGCUUCUCAAAUUCCGAGUAAACCACCGAAUUCUAGUUGCCCAAGGAUAGCAAGCGAUAUGUUUAUGUCUAGUUCCAGUAGUUCAUCUUCGUCUACAUCUUCCUCCUCGAUUUUGAACGAGGCUAACCAUUCUGCUAAUGGUUUACCAAUUCUCGAAAAAAUUUCUAUUGUUCUUGGUUCACCAAGACGACCAGUUGGCGAAAAUUCAAUAAUUCGCUCAAAUAACACUGAUUCACCUUUGAAAAAUGAAGAUGCAAGACUUCCAAAGCUGGUUCUAGAGAAUCAUAUCCAUUCAUCAAAUAGUAAAGAAAACUCCCCAGAGAAGGUUGAUGAAACCCUCAAAGCUGACUCGUCUGUUAAAAAUGAAGAUACUAAGUCGAAUGUAUUGAAUCAAAAGUCUAAAGUAGCAACAAAACGAAAAACAUCAGCUCGAUCAAGACGUCGACCUAAAUCACGAAAAAUUCGAGGAGAUUCUGAUUCCGAUUUUGAGCCAUUUUCCCAGUCUCAAGCAGGUGGAUCUCGUGGUAGAGCCGAUGCCAGAGCUCUUAUUCGUCGGGUUCAACAAAAAGUCAGCAAUAAAAAAUCUGUUGCUGGUGUUACAUCUGACACACCUGGUGGGACCAGUGCAGAUAUUGCAAUGCGCAGAAAGUAUUUAGAAUCACCCUUUUUAUGUCUUUGCCAAGCUGGAGGAACAGUUUCUAGUCUUAUGAAAACUUCGGACAACUUCACUAAAUACAAUUGCAUUCCUUCUGGAUCUAAAAUAGUCUGUAAUAAUUCAACUACUAAUAAUGAGUUGAUUGAUAUGAAUUCAUCUUUUUCUGCCCAUAUAAUUAACCCAGCUUUACGUGACUUGUCUGUUCAACAAGUUAAUGGAUACUUCUCUCAUUGUACCAUGCCUGCUAGUUGUCCAUUCAAAGCUAAUCUAAGUGGAAGCGCAUCAGUUAAACUUGAUAAACAUGACGUCGGCAUGGAAUCUCGUAGUAUUCUUACAGGUAUUACAUAUAGACCUUCAGGACCUCUCCGGGUACGUGACUAUCAGUUCCCAACCUCAGUAAAUCCUAAUAGCCUUUGGAUAUGUGCCUUCUGUGGUGAAGAUAACAAUUAUACUGAAAUUGGUUGUUUAUAUGGUCCCUAUUGGCUUACAGAAGCAGAUAUGAAGCAAUUACCUUCAGAGCUCAUCUAUGAUUCCACUAGUGAAUAUCAGUCUCCUGAUACAGUGACUCAGUCUAAUACACCCAUGACUCCUGUAUCCAGACGUGCAAGAAGUAUAGAAAAGGCAAUUCGUUCUGGUGUAAUUACUUCGACUACUACACGAUCGGCAGCAGCCCAAGGACGUCCUACAGCUGCUAAUACUGGUUUUCUUCGCCUAGUUAUCAAAGCUUCAAAUAGUACGAUAAAUAAUGAUCACUCCCCGACAAAAAAUUCACCCGAUCUAUCUAAGAUAACAAACUCUUGCAGGCCUAGAGUAGGAUCGAACGGUGAAGUCUGGUUUCAUUUUGAAUGUGUACUUUGGGCUCCUGGCACUUACGUGAAUGGAAAUGGUGUUAUUGGCGGUCUUGGUGAUGCAUUACAAUUAGCCCUUAAUGCACAUUGUUCACAUUGUCAAAGACCUGGAGCAAUUCUAAGUUGUUGUAAUCGAGGAUGCAAUUUGAGUUAUCAUUAUCAAUGCGCACAUAGAGCUGAAUGUCAUUUGGAUCGAGAUCAAUAUAUUUUGCUGUGCAAAAAGCAUCAUAUCUAUUCAUAGUCGGUUAAUCCAUUGGCAUAACAACAGAUAUCACAUAUAUACUUAUCAUAGUGAUUACGAAGUAUUUGUUUUUAUUACUGUUCCAUGUUUAUACAUCCUAACACAGUUAGUUGGUUUUUUUUUCUUCAAAAAAAGAAGCAUUGUUUUGUAAAGAUAUCUUGUAUAUGUAUGUAGUUAGAUAGAGGUAUGUUUGCACACUUUUUUUUUCUUCUUCUUCUUCAAUGAUAUGAUAUGUUGUAUAGGUGCUUAAUAAUUAUUGAAUCUAAACUACAGAAAUAAGUGAACACUUUCUUUCCUAUCACUUCACUACUUGUGAACAAACCACAAUGUAGAAAGAAAGAAAUAGUGAUUGUACAGUUCUUUCUUCCAUUUUUCUUUCUUUCGUUUUCAUUAUACACGUUUUGUUGUUUGUUUUUUACUCAUACAUGUACGUAUUUAUGCUCUUCAUAUUAUUAUUAUUAUUAUUAUUAUUAUUAUUAUUAUUAUUAUUUUUAUUAUUUUCCCUAUUUUGACUCAAACUAAAUCCGAUAGUAAUGAUAAUGAUCAAAAUAUACAAUCAAAUCUACUUAUCUAUCUGAUUUUAUCCAUGUAUUUUAUCAAUGGAAUUUGUUUCUCUAUGCAUGUAUAUCUAUUUAUGUAUGAAUUUAUUUAUGUAUAUGAAUUUGUUGAAAGAUUAUGCCUUUUAUAUUUAUUCUUUUGAAAAUGUAUAUUUAUCUCUAUGGGAACAAGUGACAAAUUGGUGAAAAGUUGGUGGGAUUUAAGGAGCAGUUGAUGAAAAUAUUUAUACCUAGUAGAUUUUGUGUGCACGUGUGUGUGUGUGUGUGAAUAAGUGUGCCAAGUGUUACUAUUCCUCUGAGUUUAUUUUUCCCUCAUUUUGAUCUAUAAAAUAUACCAAAAAUAAAUUGAAUAUUAAUUAUAGUGUAUACGUGUUUUCAAAUGUUGAGAGAAACAAUUCCACUUAGAGUUGUAUAUUCUGAUGAUUUCCAGUUGAUUUUUCUAAACUACUACUAUUCUUCUUUGUCUUAUCUGUUGGUUUUCUUUCCAAAGUAGUAUCCACUUGUAUAUGAAAGGUGUUUGUUAGUCUUGUUUUCUAGUUAAUUGUUUUUACUAUAAUUGUGCUUCUCUUAUUGUGUGUUUUUAAUACGAUUACUUCUAUGUGUGUAUAAGAAGUCAUGAUAUUGAUAUAUAUAUAUACUAUAACAGUCUAUCCGCCUACAGAUUAUGUGUGUCCAGUACCCAAGCUUGUUAUAUACUGUUUAUUUGUUUGUAAUCAUGACCUUAUACCAUGGAAAUUUUGCGUUUGUAUAUAUUUGUGCACUAAGUGAAUUAUUCUCAACUCAUACUUCAAUAUGGUGGACGACACUGUUUCUAUCAUCUCGUUCUCUCCUGACCAACUUGAGUAAGAAUUCCAGGUUUGUGUAGAAGUUUUUUUUGAUAGAGAACACAGGAAAACUAAUUUACAUACUAGUUAAAUCAAUAUGUAUUGACCAAAUUCAAUGAUUAUUCAUUACAAAAUUUGUUACUCAGUAUUUGUCACUUUGCAUAAAAUUACAAUGAAAGUGCCUUGAAAUCGACCAAUUAAUGUCAUACUGGAUAAAUCAAUACAAAUGAAAAAAUGUCUAAAGCCAGUUGUUCAAACAGUUAAUGGUAGCGGUUGGGGUCGAUUACAUUUAUUUGGUCACCCUCUCCCAAAUAAAACUAGGACAUAUCCGACUGUAAACUCUAUUUAUUAUUUGGCGGUCACUGCACCAUCAUUUUGGUGUGUUCUGUCUAU